AUGUCCGCACCACGAGGUGGCGGCGACAGAGGUCGAGGCGGUUUCCGCGGUGACCGCGGAGGCGGUCGCGGAGGCGGUCGUGGAGGUGGAAGAGGCGAUUUUGGAGGUCGCGGAAGAGGAGAUGGUGGAUUCCGUGGAGACCGAGGUGGCGGCUUUCGAGGCGAUCGAGGUGGAGGCGGAGGUCGCGGUGGUGGAAGGGGUGGUCCACCUAGUGGUCCAGUGGAGAAUCAGGUAUUCUCCAACGCUGCUCCACAAAAUCCCAAAGUCGCCAAGACCGAAGAUGCUAUGCAUCCGGUUAGCAAGAAGACGCUCGAUCUGAGCACCUUGAAGCUGUCGGAAGGCAAUCCUACCAGGCCUGGAUACGGCACUCGAGGUAUCAAGGUGGAGCUCACUGCGAACUAUGUUGAGUUGCUGCCACCAUCGAACAUGGUGUUGCACCGGUACGAUGUCGAUGUCCAACCGGAUGCCACUGGUAGGAAGCGUCAUCGGGUAUUGGAGCUCUUGCUUCAAUCACCGGAGAUGACGCCCUAUAAAGGCGACGUCGCGACUGAUUUCCGUCAAACCCUCGUCUCCAAGACGAAGUUCAAACAUGACGAAGACAUCAUCGAGAUCCAGUACCGCAGCGAAGGUGAAGACGAGCCAGCUGCUAACGGCACGGUAUACAAGAUCAAGGUCAAGUACAUCCGAACGUACACCAUCGGUGAGCUAGUCGACUGGAUGAACUCUACCAACAUCAGUCAGUCUUUUGGUGACAAGCAGGAAUUGACGCAAGCGCUCAAUAUCUUCUUGAACCACUACGUGAAGUCAGCGAACAACCUAGCCACGAUUGGCUCAUCGAAGAGCUUCUCUCUCAACCAGAACGCAACGAGAGGAGAUCUUGGUGCUGGCCUGGAGGUCAUUCGCGGCUUCUUCUCAAGUGUGCGUGUUGCAACUUGCCGUAUCUUGGUCAAUAUCAAUGUCAGUCACGGAGCCUUUUAUAAUCAGGGUCCUCUGCCAGGUCUCAUGCACAGCUACGGUACACGAAACACCAUCGCUUUGGAAAAGUUUCUCAAGCUGGUCCGCGUCCAAACGACCCAUUUGGCUGAGAAGCGGAACAAAGCGAGGCAGGUCAUUCCCCGUAUCAAGACCAUUUUUGGGCUUGCGAGAAAAGAUGACGGCCAUAAGCUGGCAAACAGGCCACGUAUCAAGGGCCACGGCGCAGGCGCCAAGGAUGUUGAGUUCUGGCUCGAUGCCGAUGCCGGCUCCUCUGGUGCGCCCAAGGCGGAGGCGGGUGCUGCAAAAGGUAAGGGUAAAGGAAAGCCUCAGCCGAAGGGCCCAGCGCCUGCUGGGUCAGGAAAGUAUAUCAGUGUGUUUGACUUCUUUAAGACAACAUACAACCGUGUCCUCCAGCAUCCCGAGCUUCCUGUUGUCAAUUGCGGCAACCGGGAACAUCCCAUGUAUCUCCCGGCAGAGGUUUGCGUUGUUCUUCCGGGUCAGCCAUCCAAGGCCAAGCUCGAUAGUGGUCAAACACAGACCAUGAUUCGAUACGCUGUGCGCAAGCCGUGGGAGAACGCGAGGUCUAUUCUCAAUGAGGGUGUAUCGACCGUCGGCUUGGACGAGAAUACAAACCUUCUGAUGCGGUCUUUUGGUCUGACGAUUACUCCCGGCCUUCUCAAAGUCCCCGGACGCAUUCUUAAUGGCCCGAAAGUUAUCUACAAAGGCAACAAGACAGCAGAUCCGCGUUUCGGCAGCUGGAACAUGAUCAACAUCAAGUUCAAUAUCGGUGCCAGUCUUGCCAAGUGGUCAGCGGUUAUGAUAACGUUGCCCUAUAAAUUAGGAUCAUUCGACGGUCAGGGUCUCGCGGCGGUAAUGCAGGAGUUUCAUCAAGGCUUGAUCAAGAUUGGUGUCAAUGCCAGCCCCCCCCUUCCUCCACAGCGCCUUCAGCUGAACGGCCCUGAGGACGCUAGUCUCGGCCCAUACCUACAAAAGGCAGCCAGUGGUCUGGAUCUCUUGUUCAUCGUUUUACCGGAGGCCAAUAUACCUCUGUACAAGCGUAUCAAGACUCUCGCGGACAAAGAUUAUGGUCUACACACUAUCUGUUCGGUGGGAUCGAAGCUUGCGAAAGACCGUGGCCGCGAUCAAUACAUUGCCAAUGUUGCGCUGAAAUUCAAUCUGAAGCUUGGCGGCACCAACCAGGUCGUCGAGAACAAGAAUCUGGGUAUCAUCGAUCAGAACAAGACGAUGGUAGUCGGCAUCGACGUCACCCACCCUUCACCUGGUUCAGCUUCCAAUGCGCCAUCCGUCUCCGCAAUGGUUGCUUCUGUCGACAAAACACUCGGUCAAUGGCCCGCCACUCUGCGCAUCCAGCGCGCAAGACAAGAGAACGUUGAUGACCUCGCUGAGAUGCUUAAGUCCCGUCUCAACCUCUGGAAGACCAAGGGCAAGCACACCGCAUUCCCGGAGAACAUCUUGAUCUAUCGCGACGGAGUCUCAGAAGGACAAUACGACAUGGUCCUUUCACAAGAGCUGCCUCAACUUCGAAAGGCAUGUGAGGCACUGUACCCAGCGCCAGACACCAAGAAGGGUCUCCCCCGCUUCACGGUCGUUAUCUGUGGUAAGCGACACAAGACUCGCUUCUACCCCACGAACCUGCAAGACUGUGAUCGCUCCGGCAACACGAAGCCCGGUACCGUCGUUGAUCGUGGCGUUACGGAGGCCCGCAACUGGGAUUUCUUCCUACAGGCCCACGCCGCACUCCAGGGUACAGCGCGCCCUUGCCAUUACUACAUCGUCCACGAUGAGAUCUUCCGCCAGAUCUACGCCAAGCAGAUUCCGCCGCCAUUCACGAACAUUGCGGACAUUGUGGAAGAUCUUACGCACAACAUGUGUUACCUAUUCGGUCGUGCGACGAAAGCAGUUAGUCUAUGUCCGCCAGCUUACUACGCCGAUCUGGCAUGUGAGCGCGCACGUUGCUACUUGGCGAAUCUGUUCGACACACCGACACCGAGUGCGGCACCUUCUGUCGCUGGGACUUCGGCGGUUGGGGGUGUGUCGCUGGACCCCAGUGCUUCGGAUGUAAUGAUUCAUCCCAAGAUUAAGGAUUCGAUGUUCUACAUCUAG